AUGGCCUGCACAGGAUCGAAGAGAGAGUUCGUGGAAUUCGAACGGGUGUUUCUUCACUUUGAUGAGGAUGGGGAUGGGAAGAUAUCGCAAGAUGAUCUGAGGAGAUGCCUGAGGACGAUCGGCGAGGAGCCGUCGGCCGAACAGGUGGAGUUGCUGCUGGAGGGGAAUGGGGAGAGUUUGAUUGGGUUUGAUGAGUUCACGAGGGUGGUAGGGGUGGUUGGGGAUGAGGAGGGGAAGACUAGGGAGCUGAGGGAGGCAUUUGGGGUGUUUGUAAUGGACGGGGAGGGGCGCAUCACGCCUGAGAGCUUGAGGAGGGCCCUCAGUCGGCUGGGGUGGUCCAGGUCCCUUGAGGACUGCAUCGUAAUGAUCCAAAGCUUUGACAUGGAUGGGGAUGGAGUGCUUGGCUUUGAAGAGUUCAGGAACAUGAUGAUGUUAUGA